AACCAGACAAUGGUGAGUGCUGAUGAAAUGCAAUUCCACCUCGAGGCGUGUGAACAUGGCCUGGAGGUCCAGAAAGGCACAAAUUUGCUGCUAGAUGAUGAUGGCAAACCCAAAAGAACAGGAACUGUCUGGACUGCAAGUGCACACAUUAUUACAGCCAUUAUAGGCUCUGGAGUCCUAUCACUUGCCUGGGGUGUGGCACAGCUUGGUUGGAUUGUGGGAGUCACCACUCUCGUAGUCUUUUCUGGGAUUACUCUGUAUACCUCCAGCCUUUUAGCAGAUUGUUACCGGUCCCCUGAGACUGGAAAGAGAAACUACACUUACAUGGAAGCUGUCAAGAACAACUUAGGUGGAAAAAUGUAUAUUGCUUGCGGAAUGGUGCAAUAUGCCAAUCUCUAUGGGAUGAUAAUAGGCUAUACCAUUACCGCAUCAAUAAGCAUGGCGGCAAUACAAAAAUCAGAUUGCUUUCAUAAAAGAGGCCAUGAAGCUUCAUGCAGUGUUUCAAAUAACCCCUACAUGAUUGGGCUGGGAAUCCUUGAAAUUUUCCUAUCCCAGAUUCCGAACUUCCACAAGUUGUCAAUGCUUUCUAUCGUUGCGGCAAUUAUGUCUUUCAGUUAUUCUUCUAUUGGAAUGGGGCUUGCCUUUGCGAAAGUCAUUUCAGGAAAAGGAGAGAGGACUACGUUGACAGGAGUAGAAGUUGGGAUUAAUUUAUCAGCAGCUGAAAAGACCUGGAGAAUGUUCAGAGCAUUUGGAGAUAUUGCAUUUGCCUACACAUAUUCUCAAAUCCUGAUUGAAAUUCAGGAUACACUAAGAUCACAGCCAUCAGAAAACAAAGUGAUGAAAAAGGCAAAUAUUAUGGGAGUGUUCACCACAACUACAUUCUAUAUGAUGUGUGGCUGCUUUGGUUACGCUGCAUUUGGGGACAAUGCUCCAGGAAACCUGCUAACAGGUUUCGGAUUUUACGAGCCAUUUUGGCUGGUUGACAUGGCCAACAUUUGCAUUGUGGUGCACCUAGUCGGGGCAUAUCAGGUGUUUUCACAACCAUUGUUCAGUGCGUUUGAAUCAUGGGCUAUCUGGAUGUGGCCUAAUUCAAAGUUUGUCACAGAAGAGCACUUGAUAAGCAUAGGCGGUUCCGCAAAAUACAGAUUUAGCACCAGCUUUCUCAGACUCAUCUGGAGAACAUUAUUUGUGGUAUUGGCAACAGUUCUUGCAAUGGCAAUGCCAUUCUUCAAUGACAUACUUGCACUUCUUGGAGCACUUGGAUAUUGGCCAUUGACAGUGUAUUUCCCUAUACAAAUGUACAUUGCACAGAAGAAAGUUGGAAGAUGGUCCUCAAGGUGGAUUGCUCUGCAACUCAUAAAUUUUAUCUGCUUGCUUGUCGCUGCGGCUGCAGCCUGUGGCUCAGUUCAAGGACUGAGCAAGGAUCUCAAUGCUUUCAAGCCUUUUAAGGUCGAAGACUAGUAAUCAUAAACACCUUGGUCUGCAAUCAUAAAACUGUAGCUCUUUGCUGUAUGCAAUAUUGUCCAAGUAAGCUCAAGCUUACAAUCUGAUGCCUGUUAAGCUCCUUGCUGGCGUUGAAAUUGAAAAGAGGGAAGAUUUUCAAACA